AACACAAAGUAAAAAGUCCAACACCCGUUAUCUGAGGUCAAACCGUCUGGGCAAUCCACAGGACAGCCUCAACUGGUGAACUUCGCUUUCAUUUCAGUUUCAGACACAUGGACUGUGCCCAGGUUGCAUUUGUUGAUAAAGCAACGACGAUUUAGGUAUCCUGUUUUUGUGCUUACUGGCAAGGUUUGAUCUGAGGUGGCCAGUGAUUUGGUUUUGCAGGCGGACCUGACAGACAUCAUCGGAGUGAAGCGACCUUUCAGUGACCCCGAAUAACGAUGACUAUUAUGCAGGUGAAGGAACGUCCCGAGGAGGACAGGCUCAAUGGCCGCAGUCUUCCUCAUGGUGAGGGGGUGGAGCCGGAAGGCAACUGUGGUUGUUUCUCUUUUCAACCAAGAUGUCUUCAGAGAUGUAACAACAUCCGAGUAAUGGUUAUAUUCCAGUGUAUCUUCGCCUUCAUAGAAGGUUUCCUGGUGAAUGGCGUCAUUAACGUGAUUAUCCUCCCCUUAGAGACUCGCUACAGGCUGUCUAGGCCCUAUGACCACUGGUCAAGAAAACGUCUGCAUAAACAGCACGGAUCAAGGAAGCAACGUCACGUGUUCUAUGCAAGGAGAAACAGGCGAGGACAGUGAGCACAGCAACAUGGCGCUCUACUCCUUCUUUCUGAUUGGUCAAGUCUUGCUUGGCAUUGGCUCCUCCCCCAUGUUCACCAUUGGCCUCACCUAUGUUGACGAGAACAGCAAAGCGAAAAUGACGUCAUUGUAUACUGGCCUCAUCAUGUGCUCCGCGGCUGUGGGCGUGGCGGCUGGCUACAUGGUUGCUGGACAGACGCUAGGCAUCUACGUGGACGUGGACAAAAUAGACGUGAGCCAAAUCAGCCUCACCCCAGAGGAUCCACGCUGGGUCGGCGCGUGGUGGAUUGGCGUCGUAAUCUCCAUGGUAGCCCUUAUCUUCAUCGCUGUGCCGUUUGCUGCCUACCCCAAGAGGCUACCAGGUGUGAUCACUGUGCCUGGGGCGGGCGGCGGAAUGCUGUUGGGAGGAUAUGUGGUCAAAAAGCUUCAGCUCCGAUGUGCCGGCAUCAUCAAGUUGUGCGGCCUCGUCACAGGCCUCAGUCUCCUGUUGGCGCCAUCUUUCCUGACCCGGUGCCCGGACGUUGUGUUCGCGGGGGUCAGUGAACCUUACCCCAGUGACCCGGGCCACCCGUCUCUCAACUCCCCCUGCAACAGUCACUGCUCUUGCUCCACUGAGGCCAUGGAGCCGUUGUGUGUGGGCGGACGUCUCGCCUACUUCUCGCCCUGCCACGCGGGAUGUGGGGCGGUGCCUGGAAAUCUCACACAGGUUCCACCCCCGGCCCCGUUCUCUUCGGCGCGAUCCUCGACAGCACGUGCCUCACAUGGCAAGAAGGCUGCUCCUCCACGGGCUCCUGUUGGCUCUACGACCGCUCAUCCCUCAGCGUGAGGAUCGUGGCCUGGUGGAUCUCUCUCAAGCUGCUUGCUGUUCUUCUGUACACCCUAGCGUUCAAAAUAUACAAGCCUCCUCCCGAGGCUGACAGCUCAGCAAGUGACGAUUCAGAUCUUUGAAUUUCUGAAUUUCGCCUCGCUGACCCAUGAGACGGGAAGUGAUUUUCAAGCUAGUGAGCAGCGUACAUAAAAAUGUAAUGUUCUUACGAGAGAUGAUCCGGCAAUAUAAUGAUAUAUAUUCACAACUAUUAUUUCUGUGUCAGAUUGGACUGUUGGCUUAUAGUUAAAGGUCGAAUCUGCUUUUGUUUAGCCUAAUCCUUUAACAUUUUUUUCUGCUUGGAAGCUGAACGUUGUUUACCACUGUGCAAACUUCAGUUUGGUUCAAUAAUAUAGUAAUAGCCUUGGAGUUACAGAGAAGAGAAAUUUCUUUAUGAGGUACAUCUCGCAUUUUUACUGCAUGCAAGAUUUUGAACAUGAAUAGGAGUUCCAACUCUCUCUGCAGCUGUGGGGAAUGCCUUCAGUCCAUUGUAAAACGUAAAAUUAUUAUAGACUACAUGUAUUAUAAUAUCUCAGCUCUAGGCUGUUGCACCCAGAUGACACGAGUUGGGUUUCUGAUUGGCCAAGUUAUUUACUUUUAUGCAUCGCCAUUUGUCUCCUGUUAUGCUGUUUCCUAGUCAGUUCGGGUUAGCCCUGACAGUGACAUACAGUUCCUAAAUUGUAAGUUUAGGAGGAGGAUGGGGAGUACAAUAUUUACAAACAAUCUGUUCUAACUUUGCUAUCUCUUUAUUGUUUAGUUUGUGUUUUAUUUGCUUUUUUUGGGGGGGGGGGUGAUUUUCUUUUAAUCUAUAUGUCGUUAUUUGUAUACAUUCACAUUUUACAAACUACCACAUAAAGUGACGUAAGCGUUUUUAUUCUUACAUCCUGAAAUAUGUGCUCUGUCAACGAGAAACACCUUUACUUAUGUUGAUUUGAUAUUAUCUCUUAUUGAUUCGGGUUUGCGUUAAACCCUCCGUUUUUAAGCUCUUAAUGAUGUUUAAUCUUAAUUAAUUGCUCCACUUUUAAGCAAAAAUUAAGUUAUUUUAAAAGCUGGGUUGUUUGUUUUUUUGCGAGCCUAUGAUUUGUUUCCGAAACUGGACAGUGCGUGCACAGGUCGUCCCGGGAGCUUGUCAGAACACACAGAUUUUAUAAAAUGGGCAAAAGAAAUCACCUUUAUAGGAGAGGAAGGUUAAAACACAGGCAGGGAUGUUGAGCAACCUAGUGGGUGUGGGCGGACGUCUAUUUAU